AUGUAUCGGCAGAUCCGUGUCGAUCCCCGCGAUACUUGCUAUCAGCAAAUAUUGUGGAGAUCCAAUAAGUCGGAAGAUGUGCAGUGCUUUAAACUGCAAACUGUCACGUACGGAACAGCAUCCGCGCCGUAUUUAGCGUUGCGAGUUCUUAAGCAACUCUCUCAUGAUGACGGGCAUGAAUACCCGCGUGCGGUGUCGAUUCUAAAGAAUCAAAUCUACGUCGACGACGUUCUCUUCGGCGAGAACGAUCCAGAACUCCUUCGGAAAUCCCGAAACGAGUUAAUUACGCUUCUGAACCGCGGCGGCUUCGAGUUGCGCAAAUGGGCGAGUAACUCCUCGGAGUUGCUCUCCGACAUUGACUCCGAUAACUCCGGUCUCGCUUGUCAUAAAAUUCUGCAAACGGACGAGAAACUCAAAAUUCUUGGAAUUGGAUGGAAUCCAAUAGCUGAUACCUUUCAAUUUAAGGUUUCGCUCGAAGCCGAACCACCGCGCUCCAAGCGUUUAAUUCUUGCUGCAAUAGCGAGACUGUUCGACCCCCUUGGAUGGGUCACACCAGCGACAGUAACUGCAAAGGUAUUCAUGCAAUUACUGUGGCGUCUCAAGCUCGAUUGGGACGCCGAGAUCCCGAUUGAGCACUUCCAAACGUGGCAGCGCAUCUAUAGCAAAUUCACCGCGUUAAAUGAAAUUCAAAUCCCGCGAUGGACGCAUCAAGGGCCUCAUAUUGUCCAACAGGAAAUGCAUGGGUUUGCCGAUGCAUCGUCCGUGGCGUAUGCCGCCGUGCUGAAAAUCCCGCAGACUGCGCUUCUCGCGGUCUCCUUGGCGAAGACUUGGUAA